AUGAAUGAAGCAAAAAAGGCAAGAACUAUUGCUAAAUCAUCAUUUACCCGUAGUGCUAAAUCCAUCCAACGGCUAAUCGAACAAGGACGGCCCGAACCGGAAGUUGUCAAAGCAGGUGGCAUAUUUGAAACAGCCUAUGAGAGAGUACUAUCUAAGCAUGAAGGAUUUGCAAUACUUGUAGAAGAAAAAGAUUAUGAACAGGAAGAAUGGAUGGAAGAUGUGUCAAAGAAUAUGAUGUUAUUUGUAAUAAUGAUAAAUGAUUAUAAAAUAACCAUGGCUCCGAAGAACAAUAUUGCAACUGAUAAAGUGGAAAAUCCAGCCAGCUCUCAGGAUGUCGAUGUGGACCCAAACAACACAAAUAUACCAUCUGGAUCAGGCAUUGAUGAGACUGCAGAAUCUGUACCACCAGGGGAGGCGGAACCCACUGUUACAUUGGAAUUAUCACCUGACAACCAAGCUGCCGCAACUAAUUUGCCCACUUAUGCUGCACCCUCAGCCAGUCUAACUUCCAUGAAAUUGAGAACAGAGAGAGCACCGCUUCCUAAAUUUGAUGGAAAUGUUCGAAAUUAUCUGUAUUUUCGUAGAGAUUUCAAUUUAUGUUCUUCGUAG